GUAGGCACGAGUUAGCCAGUGGCGAGGCACCACUGUCGAACACGUCGUGGGAAAGAAGAGGUCCCGAUGCGCGACUCACGGCAACCCUCGGCGGAGAUGAAGGCGGACUCCGACUGGUUCUGAUUUUUAAAAGUCCUUUUCAUUCAGCGGGCAGCUUGCCAACUGUUGUCAUGAUGGCAGAGCCGUUAUCCCCAGCACCCGCCGCUGCAAAAAUGGCGUCAGGGACUCGGGUCCGCGCGUUGACGUUAAUAUUCUUGACUGUCACUGGUUGUUUUGUCACCCCGACAAGUGGCAAGGAAGGCUCCGAGGAGACCGUCAUCAGUGGCCUCCGUCUGGAGGAUACGGACGACAUUUCCUUCAUGGCUAAGGGCUACUUGCGGGUGAGCGAGCGCUCUCGGAUCAAAUUGAGAGUGUACGGGCAGAACAUCAACAACGAGACCUGGUCCAAAAUUGCUUUCACGGAGCACGAGAGGAGCCGGGCGGGGGUGAGCCUCGACAGCUCCUCGGGGGACAACCACAGCCAAGAGGACUUGUCCGGCUUGCAUCCUUGUGGCAUUAGGACUUCGGAUAUCAUCAUAUUACCGAACAUUGUUGUGAACCGAAAGACGUCUGGAAUAGUUGAGAUAGAGGUGAAACCUCUGCGAAAAACUGAGCGGAGCAAAGCCUAUUACCUUUGCAUCGCCACCUCCGCACCUGCCGCGGCUGGAAUGCACGACCCAUGGACGGAGAACACCUGGAUCUACCACGACGGCGAGGACACCAGAGUGAUCGUAGUGGAGGAGAAAAAGUUUUUGCUGCCAUUCUGGCUCCAGGUCAUCUUCAUCUCGAUGCUGCUGUGUCUGUCUGGCAUGUUCAGCGGCCUGAACCUGGGGCUCAUGGCUCUGGAUCCCAUGGAGCUCCAGAUUGUGCAGAAUUGUGGCACUGAAAGGGAGAAAAACUACGCCAAAAAGAUUGAACCAGUCAGAAGCCAAGGGAAUUAUUUACUUUGCUCGCUGCUGCUCGGUAAUGUGUUGGUGAACACAACGUUGACCAUUCUGCUGGAUGAUAUCGCCGGUUCAGGCUUGGUUGCCGUGGUCAUGUCUACCAUUGGAAUAGUGAUCUUUGGGGAAAUCGUGCCGCAGGCCAUUUGCUCCAGACAUGGCCUGGCUGUGGGUGCCAACACCAUUUUCCUGACUAAGUUCUUCAUGCUGCUCACAUUCCCCGCUUCGUACCCAGUGAGCAAGCUGCUCGACUACCUGCUGGGGCAGGAGAUCGGAACAGUGUACAACCGGGAGAAGCUUCUGGAGAUGCUGCGUGUCACGGAUCCUUACAAUGACCUGGUCAAGGAGGAGCUCAACAUCAUCCAGGGUGCGCUGGAGUUGAGGACCAAGACUGUGGAAGUUGUGAUGACGCCUCUUCGAGAUUGCUUCAUGAUACCCGGGGACGCCACACUUGACUUCAACACCAUGUCCGAAAUCAUGAAGAGUGGAUACACACGCAUUCCGGUCUUUGAGGGUGAGAGGUCCAACAUAGUGGACCUUCUGUUCGUCAAGGACCUGGCCUUUGUUGACCCGGAUGAUUGCACACCACUGAAAACCAUCACAAAGUUUUAUAGCCACCCGUUGCACUUUGUCUUCAACGACACCAAGUUGGAUGCUAUGCUGGAAGAGUUUAAAAAAGGAAAAUCCCAUCUGGCCAUAGUUCAGAGGGUCAACAAUGAGGGUGAGGGAGACCCUUUCUACGAGGUUCUCGGUAUUGUCACCCUGGAGGACAUUAUUGAGGAAAUCAUCAAGUCAGAGAUCCUGGACGAGACAGACUUGUACACUGACAACAAGACGAAGAAGAAAAUCACCCAUCGUGACAGGAAGCAGGAUUUCUCGGCCUUCAAGCCUACAGACAAUGAAAUGAAGGUUAAAAUAUCACCUCAGCUUCUGCUGGCCACCCUGCGUUUCCUAGCAACAGAGGUAGACCUGUUCGCCCCACCACAAAUGUCUGAAAAGAUUCUACUGCGCUUGUUGAAGCACCCCAAUGUCAUCCAGGAGCUGAAAUACGACGAGAAGAGCAAGCGGGCGCCUGAGCACUACCUCUUUCACAGGAACAGACCUGUAGACUAUUUCAUCCUCAUUCUGCAAGGCAAAGUGGAAGUGGAGGCAGGAAAAGAGGGGAUGAAGUUUGAAGCAGGACCCUUCACCUUCUACGGGAUGAUGGCUCUCACCGUUUCCCCAGUCCCUCUGUCUCUUUCUCGAACAUUUGUCAAUAGGGCCGAUUCAUUAGCCGGAUCACCAGAGAAUAAAUCUCCACCCCGGCCGUUCGGACUCAACCACUCCGACUCUCUGAACAGGAGUGAUCGAAUAGAUGCCAUCACGCCGACGUUGGGCAGCAGCAACAAUCAACUUAACUCCUUCCUGCAGAUCUACGUACCUGACUACUCCGUCAGAGCGUGUUCAGACCUGUAUUUUAUAAAGGUGACGCGGCAGCAGUACCAGAACGCCGUGAUGGCGUCGCGCAUGGACAAGACGCCGCAGUCCACAGACAGCGAGUUCACCAAGAUCGAGCUGACGCCGAACGAACUCCGCGAUGGCCUGGAGACCCCCACUGUGGUCACCAGCGCAGCUGGCACCGCCACCGGCGCCCCGCUUGUGACUGUAGCAUUGGCCAACGAGACGUCUUACCUUCUCAACCAGCAGCACAAUUGCGUGGGCGUGAACAGGAGCAACCACAGCGCACACAACGAGGGGCCCAUCUAGCCCCCCGCCCAACACGGCGGAGACCCGGACCCUCCACCUUCCUGUCUGACGGACACACGGUGCAGCGGUGUAGCUAGAGAUGAGGGAACACGAGGGAGCGCGGGCAAGCGGAAUGAAGGUGCUGCACCCACUCGGUCCGUUAGUCAAGCCCCCGUGACGGAGGGGCGGUGGGGGGAGGUGGAUGCUGAACACCCACCCGCCUGUCAGCAGGCCUGCUCUACUCCACCUUCUUAAGAUGGUGCUGCUACUGAGCUUCCUUUUGGGACAAUUUGACACUUUCAUUGCGGUACAUUUGGACGAGAGGAAAACAGACUGCAUGCUAACCUUGCCCCGACCCCCCUCCUGUGCUGCCAAGCACAGACGCACACACUACAAGUCGCUGUAUUUUCCACUCAGGCCAAAGACCUUGGUCCCCCCCACCCCUACACUGGACACACACACUCCCAAACAUCCCACUUUUUGCAUCUUUCAGGGAAACUCAGUGGACAUUUGAUCCCCAUCAACAUGGACUCCAGAGAGGAAAGGUUUGGCAAAGACUGCACCAAAAACCGCUUUGACACAAACCAUGACAUCACAAACCAAGAAUGUUUUCCUGUAUUUAUUUAUUUUAUAAUAUUGUAUGUAUAUAUAAAGAUAUAUAGAUAAAAAGAUAUAUAUGUGUGUAUGUGUGGAGAUAUGGUGUGACAUAAAGUGACAAUUAAGCAUGCACAGUGUCAUACCAGAGAGGACAUGCUACAUAUAUGGAGCUAAAACAUCAAUUCAUGUAUAUGAGGGGGUGAAGGUCUUUUACAGUUACAGUAUGUAUAUUGAAGAUUGCCUUAUUUUUACUAUUCUGUGUUCUAAAUUGGGCUUUUUCACCUUAAAAAAAAAUCACAAUAUUGCCUUUAAGAAAAACAAAUCCUAACCUUAAUUAUUUUUAACAGUGCAAUGAAGAGAACUUUAUUUAAGAGAUGAUUAUUAAUAAUAAAAAAAAUGACUAUAUUGUAAAUUGACAGAUAUAUUCGUAUGUAUGCUCUGUAUGUAUUUCUGUGUUUUCAUUUGAAAUAUGCAAAACCCAACAUCCACCCGCAAAAUUUGGAAGCUUCUCCUGGUUGUGACUGACUAGUUGUCGAGGUGCCAUUUCCGACGCGUUGUGGGCGCGGCGACGCAGACGUGCACGCGCCAUCGCAGCAGGGAAUCGAGGCUUGUAAAAGUUUGUGUUUUUGCCAAUUUUACAUUUAAUUAAACUUGACUCUUGCACAGUAUUAAUGACCUCAUCUAACAUGUUGAGCAUCAUCAAUGUCACAAGAAGAAACCUCAACAUUAAAUAUGUCCACAUGACAUUAUCCAUCCUGUAGUUUGAUUUCCUGUUGUUUGGCUCCUUGUUACAUGACAGUUCAGAACCAAGCCCGAUCCAAGUUCACAAAGCCUUUUUUUUUUUUUUGACAGCCGUGAAUGUGAGCUGUGUUGUGGCGGCAAUCGCAAUACAGAUCAUAACCCAUGUUUAAUAAUUCUUUAGGCGCAUCAAAACUGUUGUUUCACGUCUGCUG